CGCAAACACCACAAACAGUAGUGGCGCACUCGUGCAGCCAGCAGCGACGUUGCGGAGCACCUGCUGCUUGCUUUGGGUUGUUGUGAGACUGCGUCUCUCUUCCUCCCCCCUCCCACCACUCUCCCUCCCUCUCGAACACACACACGCGCACACAGAGUAGAGUAGGAUGGACGACGACGAUGACAUUGGAUGGGAGGACCUGCACAAGCCGACAUACUUUGUGUAUGGCGGGUUGUUCGUGCUUUCGUACGAGACCCUGUUCUACCCUUUGGACUUUCUCAAGACGCGGCAGCAGUAUGAACGCACGCCCACGACCAUCGCCAGCAUCGCCUCGGGGGUGUAUCGACGCGAGGGCGUGCGCGGGCUCUUCCGCGGAUUCGGCGCUACCCUCGCUGGCAACUUUCCCGGGCAAGUAGUGUACUUUGGGGCAUAUGAGAUGGCCAAGCACGCCUCGUUUACCUUGGCGCGGAAAUGGAACGACAACUCCGACAGCAGCACCAGCACCAGCAGCACCAGCAGCACCAGCCCUGCUCGGCCCGCGACGACACCCACAGCGCCAUCCGCCGACACAGCCAGCGCUAUUCGCAGCAGCAGCAGCAGCAGCAGCAGCAGCAGCAUCGGUGGCAGCAGUGCUCGUGAUGGUGGUGGCAUCCCAUCGGCGGCAGCAUCGGCGGCAGCACAGGGCCAUGGGCCAAGACGGCCUGCAGCCGCAUCCUUGCCUGCAAACCCUGAUGGUGGACUUGCACUGCCUCAAAUGUCGUCAGCAGACAGCACAGUGCACAUUACCAGCACGCAACGGUUCAUCGGGAACCUCUUUGCUGGGUUUGUUGCCGACCUUGUGUGCCUGCUCGUGUACACGCCUGCGGAUAUUGUUGCACAGCGUCACAUGGUGGCCACAGCAGCCGCCAUCCUUCCCUCUCACUCAACAACAUCACCAUCACCAGCAGCGACAGCAGCAACACCACGAAGAUCAGCAACAGCGUUGUCACCAACAGCACCGACAACAACCCCGUUGCAACCCACAUCGUCGACAUCAGCAGCGGCUUCCACCCUAACGAGACCAGCACCAAUCGCGCCGUCUUUGCAUGCACAACAACAACAGCAACAACAACAGCGCCAUCAAAGGCAGCACCAGCAAGGGCAGCACCGUCUUUGCGGUUCAACAGUCUCGGCGAGAGGCGAGCGGGCGCACGUGCCUGAUCUCCCAACCACGCGACAACUUGUGCGUUCUAUCGUCAAGCAGGAAGGGUUUCGAGGGUUCUAUCGCGGGUACUGGGCGUCCGUUGCCACGUUCGCGCCAUCCUCUGCCAUCUGGUUUGCGGUGUAUGAGCUGUGCAAGUUCAAGCUGGCGCACAUGUGGCCGACAGCUGCGCCCAACGCGGCGACGCUGAACCACUUGGCCAGCGGGGCUGUCGCUGGGUUUGCUGCCACCGUCAUCAUGAACCCAUUUGAUGUUGCCAAGACGCGACUGCAAACACUCGAUGCAGGCAUCAAGGAAGAGGCUGCCCUCAUCAGGCGCGGGUUUGUGUCAUUGCUGCUGUGGACGAUUCGGAGCGAGGGCGUUGCCGCCGUCAUGAAAGGCCUGGGCCCGCGCCUCUGGUUCUCCGUUCCGGGAUCAGCCAUCACCUUCGCAGGUUACGAGUGGGCCAAGAGCCUGGCCAACGUCUCCAAGGACAAGGAAUGAGGGGGGGGGGGUAGGUGGGCUGUUGUAGGCAGGCACCAACAUCCCCAGUACACAUUGUGUUGUACACAGGAGGGCAUGUGAUACGCCAUGUAUAUUGCUCGUGCCACUGCUCACGGAUGACCCACGCAGUGCAUGUGUGGCUCUGCUUGCUUAGACUACGUUGUGUGAUGAUUCAGAUGCCUUACUUACUGAUUCGACUCGUGUUAUUAUUGACCCAUAAACGAUUUGCUGGCCA